ACUUACUCAACAAGUAAUAGCGUUUGCGUGUUGCAUAAGGCAUUUCAGCUCCGUAGGUUGUACGUUUGGUAGCAGUUUUAAAUCAAAAUGACUGAAUAUACUGUAGUAAUGGUUCGUCAUGGAGAAAGCGAAUGGAACAAGGCAAAUAAGUUCUGCGGUUGGUUCAACGCUGAUUUAAGUCCAAAGGGAAAAGAAGAGGCCAAUGCUGCUGGUAAAGCUUUGAAAGACAGUGGGUAUUCAUUUGAUCUUGCUUAUACCUCUGUACUAACUCGAGCCAAUGAGACACUUGAUGCUAUUUUGGGCGAAUUGGGCCAGAAGAGCAUUCCGAUUAAGAAAAGCUGGAGGUUAAAUGAAAGACAUUAUGGUGGUUUAACUGGGUUGAACAAAGCUGAAACGGCUAAAAAGUAUGGAGACGCUCAGGUUCUGACUUGGCGCAGAAGUUUUGACGUUCCCCCUCCUCAAAUGGGGAGUGACCAUGAGUAUUAUGACAUCAUAAACAAAGAUGAGAGGUACAAAGAUGUCAGUUCAGAAGAUAUGCCAAGUUGUGAAAGUUUGGAACUUACUAUAAAAAGAGCAUUGCCAUACUGGAGUGAGGAAAUUGUACCAAAUAUCAAAGCAGGAAAGAAGAUUAUUAUCGCAGCUCAUGGAAAUAGUCUUCGAGGGAUUGUUAAAUAUUUAGAUGAAAUAUCAGACAAAGAUAUCAUGGAACUGAAUUUGCCAACUGGAAUUCCAUUUUAUUAUAAGCUGGAUGAAAACAUGAAACCCAUUGUGUCUAUGCAGUUUCUUGGAGAUGCAGAAACCGUUGCAAAAGCUAUGGCAGCAGUAGCUGCACAAGGAAAAUCAAAAUAGUUGCACGUUUGGAUUGAAAUUCUCUCUUUGAUGGCGCUUUUUAUCUUUUAAAGUUUUGUUGUUUUUUUAUUUAGCUAGUUCCACAAAAGUUUUAAGUGUUAAAAUAUGUACUGUGAUGUUGCAUGUGUCAAAGCUGUGUCUGCCAAUUUCUCAAAUAAAUAAACAGGUUCUGUUAUCAAGAGGGUA